UAACUUAUGAUAGACCAGAGCAAGGUGCAGCAAUCCUUUAUAGCGGGACAAGCCAUGCAUAGGCCUGCAUCGUGUUGUUUUCAAAAACUACAACAGAAAGAAGCUUUCGUGGUGCCACAGGAAGCAUGAUCUAAAAUAUCAAAACUCGCCUAACAGUAUUUUUUUAUUCAAUCGGUUAAAUCCGAGUUAUGAUAUUUUUUAUUGUAGGACUAAUAUCUCAAGUCAUAUAAGGGGCGUUGUCGCUUAGAGGAACAGGGUAUAGCUUGCUGUAAAACGUGGUAAAGUUCCUCUCCCCCUCACAGAAGUAUGAAAGCAAGCAUUGUUUAGCACGGUGCUCGCGCUGCCCAGUUGCGUUCAUUUCCGGGCACAACCUGAAGAUUCAGGGGGCCAGAGGAGUACAAACUACAGCAUAGAGCAGGAACAGAAGCGUAGUCCGCAGACUUCAUCCUAACGACAGUCUCCUGAUUAACGCGGGUAGUGAUGGACAAAGUAUUGGGAACUGCCCCUUCUCCCAGAGGCUCUUCAUGGUCCUUUGGUUGAAAGGGGUGACAUUUAACGUGACCACUGUGGAUAUGAAGAGGAAGCCGGAUGUCCUGAAGGACUUGGCCCCUGGAGCCCAGCCUCCAUUUCUACUGUAUGGGAGGGAAGUGAAGACAGACACCAACAAAAUUGAGGAAUUCUUGGAGGAGCACCUUUCUCCUCCUAAGUAUCCUCGCCUAGCUGCUCGAAACCCAGAGUCCAAUACUGCUGGCAUGGAUGUCUUCUCCAAGUUCUCUGCCUACAUCAAGAACUCCAAUCCUGGGUUGAAUGACAACCUGGAGAAAGGCCUGUUGAAGGCUUUGAAGAAAAUGGAUGAUUACCUGAGUACCCCUCUACCAGAUGAAAUUGAUGAGAACAGUGCUGAUGAUGUCACCACAUCGGCCCGCCCCUUCCUUGAUGGCCAGGAACUCACACUGGCUGACUGCAACCUACUGCCUAAAUUACACAUUGUCAAGGUGGUCUGUCUGAAGUAUCGGGGUUUCUCCAUUCCUCACUCUCUUUCAGCACUAUGGCGAUACCUGGAUGCAGCGUAUGCUCGGGAGGAGUUCUCCUCAACCUGUCCGAGCGACAAUGAGAUUUAUGAGGCCUACGCUUCUGUUGUAAAAGCACUCAAGUAGGAGAGAGAAGAUGUGUACACACACACACACACACACACACACACACACACACACACACACACACACACACACACACACACACAGGUAUAUGCUUGCUAGAUGCAUAAAGAGAUUGUCAACAUCUGGAUUAAUGUAGUUAGGUGGUUAGGGCACGCACACCCAGCUGUAUGUAAUCACAGAAAUUCCUUAUUAUAUGCAUAUAAGAGAUUUCCAUUUUGAGAGCUGUUAAAGGGAAGGAUUACAGUUUUCAUAGUUUUGCAUAUUUCACUGUGUUGACUGACCAGUGGGCAAGUGUAAGAGCUGCCAACCAUGGAAGAGUAUGGUGCCAAAUUGCAGUAUGAAUCUUUAACCUUUUCAUUCACAGCCUGAGAAUGAAAAGUUAGCUAAGGGGUACAAAAUAACAGCCGAUCACCGCUGUGCUUGGGAUGGCAAUGUUUUGUGAGAUUUUGAAAACAGGGUGAACCCAUCCUUUAACAAGCAGGUCACUGAAGUGUCUAGUGCUUUAUCAGCACACAGGGUCAAGCCUCAUAUUACAAUUUGCACCACAGUGACAAAGUCUGAAUUAUUCACCCAUGUCCAAUUUUCUUAAAAGUGGCUAAACUGUUAAACACACACCCUCUUUCUAGGUGCCUAUCUUACUAGUUUACUCUUUCAUCCCUUUUCUGAUAGGCGCUUCCCAAUUUUUUGCUUUCACUUUUGUUUUUACUUAUCAAUGGGUUUUUCUGUGAAAUAAUAAUUGGCUGUAAGUCACUGAGGAUUUGGUGAUUGUGUUUCUUUGAUGAGCCAUCUCUUCUGUUACGAUGCUUGGAGCCCAGGUACCUAUGCUCUGUGUUUCUUAAAGAAACAGGUGCACAUACACAAACACACACACACACACACACACACACACACACACACACACACACACACACACACACACACACACACACUCCAAGACGUCUGUCUUUCCAAAUCACAGCAAGUGUCUAUGCAUGUGAAAGCAUGCAGUAUUUCAAACUGUUCAUCUUCAUUUCAAAUAGGGUAGACUUUGUAGGUUUUACUUCCCCAUCUUGCUACACCCUGGGUCAUACAGAUAGCAUAUAUUAGAGAGGGUUGGAGGUUUGUUCUGAGGUCAGCUUCCUGUGAGUUCAGCAUGUGGUUUCCAGCAUAUGUCUGACUUCAGGUCAGUGUGUGGAUGGGCUUAGCGCUUGGGCGGUUGCUGACAGGAUGCAGUUGCCUCAGGCCCAUUGUUCUUUCCUCUUUCGGUUCUUUAACUGUAAUGAAAUUCAGUCUUUGAUGAAGCAGUGCUCUCAGGGUACACUGCUUAUCCUGGGUGAGGUUGCUACAGCCUUAAGCAAAACAAUCUGACUCUCUUUACAAGCCUCCUGUCCACAUUGUUUAGCCAAAUUACUGUAUGGAAUGAUGUAUCACAUGUGGACACCUCCGAGCAUGCUUGUGUGGGCAUGGUUGUGUGUGAACUCAGGGUUCAAGCAUGCAUUACAUAGUGGAGGCCUCUGUAAGGAGGGGGGCUCACUCUUGCACAUGCCUCCACAGCCCAAAGGGAAGCAACGUGGAGCCAAGUUCUGGGUGGCUCUCUCUUUGAACUUCUGCCCAGCAACACCUGCCAAGCACAUGCACAUCAGUAGACACACACAGACAUAGCCCUCUCCACACCCAUGAGAGGUGAGCUCAAGUAGCGCUGAUGUGUACAAACAGGAGCAGUGGCACUAAAAUCACCAUGGUUUGAAAGGUUAUACUAGGACUUAAGGAUAAUUAUCCCAGACUGUCCCAGAUCCACAUUAGCUUGGCAAAAAUGUAUGUGGUCACAUUAGCUUGGCAAAAAUGUAUGUGGCAGUGUGAGGAGAGGAGGGGUUGUGUAUGUAGGGAUGUCUCCUUGCGGGUUUAGCUAUUGUGUUGUUGUCUUAUGCGUAUCAGUACAGAAUUGCUAUUUCCAAACCAUGAAAGAAUACCAGACAUAAUCUCAUAUCAAAUUCCUUGGUAUCUAUGGUAAUCUGAAAUCUAAAGUGUGAGAUCAUCAUUUCUAGAGUUGAGUUUGAUUUUCAUUUUGUAUAUGGCGAUGCGGUUGUCUGAAAUGAUAUUAACAUGUCUGAAUGGGCCCACAAUAAUCAUAAUGUUGAUUUUAGUGUUUAGAUAUUAUUACCACUUUAUGUUUUGCACCUGUUCUGUUACUGGUUUGCUAAAUCAUAGGUUUUUGUUAUUGAAGAAAUAUGUAAUUGUCCCCAAGAAAUUGAAAUGUCAGAGACUUUCAUUUAAUUCUUGAUUUUUAUUUCAGUGUAUCUGAUAUGCUCUUUAUUUCACUGUAGUUAUGGAUGCUGUAUUUCUGCCCAGUUCUGUAAUCAAAGACUGAGUACCACCCAUAAAGCAACAACGGUUGAAGAUUCGCUAUGAGUUGCACAAUAGAAAGUGAAGUUGCUAUGAUCAAGAAAGGAAUGCCCCUGCCCCUGCCUUCCCCAUUUCCAUGGCAUUCAGUUGAUGAGCUGUCACACUCCUUUUCUUCUUAUACUGUUUCUAUCUUUCCUCUUUUCAUUUUUGUUGUUUUUAAUUAAAGCUGCAAAUUUCUUCAUGACCUGAGGCUGCCCUUGCACCUAAUGUAGUCUAUAACACAUAAAUGUCAAUGCAGUUGACCAUAAAAAACUAAUAAAUAGGCUUUAAUAAAAAGCAUGUGAAAUAUCCA